AUGGGGGUGUAUGAAAAGAAGAUUAGCGUAAAAGAACUUGUAGAAAAGAGUUCAAAACUCACAAUCCCACAAAAUUUCCUUCGUUUGGAUCAAGAGGCUUCUUCUACCUCUGAUCCUUCCACCUUCCCCACUCCUCCAAUCAUUGAUAUGAGUAGAUUGCUCUCACCUCAACAUUCUCGCUCGGAGCUUCUCAACCUUCACUCCGCUUGCAUACAAUGGGGAUUGUUUCAGUUGGUGAACCAUGGGGUUAGUCUUUCAUUGUUGGGAGGGCUAAAGCAUGAGAUUGAAGGAUUUUUUGAGCUUCCAUUAGAGGAGAAGAUGAAAUAUGGUAUGAGGAGUGGAGAAGUUGAGGGUUAUGGAACAGUGGUUAGAAGUAUGGAACAGAAACUUGAUUGGGGAGAUAGAGUUUACAUCAUUACUAAUCCUCUUUCAAGAAGGAAACCCCAUCUUCUUCCCAGCCUCCCUUUAUACUUGAGAAAUGCGUUGGAAUCGUACUUGAAAGAGACGAGAAAGAUAGCAAUGACAUUGUUUGGGAUGAUAGCGGGAAACUUGAACAUAGAGGUGAGGAAGUUGGAGGAGUUGUUUGAAGAUGGAAUGGAAGCCAUAAGGAUGUCAUAUUAUCCGCCAUGCCCCACACCGGAGUUGGUGGUCGGUCUAAGGCCGCACUCGGAUGCGUCAGGGCUCACAAUCUUGAACCAACUGAACGGAGUGGAAGGACUCCAAGUUAAGAAAGAUGGCAUUUGGUUCCCAGUGAGUUUCAUCCCAGAUGCCUUCAUCGUCAACGUUGGAGAUAUUAUUGAGAUUAUAAGCAAUGGGCUUUACAACAGCAUUGAACACAGAGCAACGGUGAACUCAGAAAAGGAAAGAAUGUCAAUUGCAGUGUUUUACAAUCCAAGAUUUGAUGGUGAGAUUGCGCCAUUCACUGCCUCUCAAUUAAACCCACCUUUGUUUAAAAACAUUAUCAUGGAGGAUUAUUUUAAGGACUUUUUCACACAAUCUUUCAAUGGAAAAUCUCAUUUGGACAGAAUGAAAAUCCCUACAACUCAACAGCCCAAUCCAUCUCCUACUUAUUAAUCUCAUUAUCUCAUCCAUUCUCUCUCUGUAAUAAUAAUACAAUCUUAUUAAAACCUUGGCUUUUAUUUUUA